AUGAAAUACUUAACCUGGAUUUUAUAACUAGAGCCAACAUAUUAUCCUCUUCUUUUGGCUGAUAGUCUACUUAACAGCGUAGCACCAUGGCGCAGCUCACAGCACAAUCAUUCGAUCGAUCAAUUACCUCUCACCCACCAGAUGGUGGGAGGUCGGCUUGGAUAUUCCUCGCCUCGGUCUCCGUCAUGCUCCAGCUGACGUGGGGCUUCACAAUCUCAUUUGGUGCUUUUCGUGAAUAUUACUUUUACGAGUCGGCUUUCUCCGGUAACCAGGUGAUUGCUGUGAUUGGAGUUGUUAGUACGGGUGUGAUUCAACUCCUCUGUCCCUUUCUAGUGCACAUCCUUGGCGGAAGAGCUCGGCUGCGUAAACCGCUGCUAUGCAUCGGCUCAGCCAUUGUAGUGGCCGCAUCGAUUGGGGCGGGAUUCUCCCACACCCCUGUCCAACUAAUAAUGACCCAAGGGGUUCUCUACGGUCUGGGUAGUGGUCUCGUCUUUGCUCCCAACAUGAGCCUGAUAGAUGAAUGGUUCAUCAGGCGGCGUAGUCUCGCCUACGGCAUCUACUUUGCAUGUUCAAGUAUCGCUGCUGCCAUCAUCCCUCCAGUUAUGCGGGUGCUUCUGGCAAAGUACUCAGCCAAAGCGACAUUGAUUGGCUGGGGUAUAUUUGUUGCUGUUGUGCUGAGUAUAGCCCUGAUCGGCGUGCGGCCUCGCCUGCCGUCGUCCUCCCGUUCUGCGGAGAACGAAAAAGAAAAUCCUCUCUCUGGACAAUUUUCAUAUGGAUUUCUACGAAAGCCUCUGUUCUGGCUAGUUCUCUUAUCCAAUGUCUUACAAGCACUGUCCCAAUACUUACCUUCCGUCUACAUACCGUCUUAUGCAACAGCCGUAAUUGGUGCUUCCUCGGCAAGUGCAUCGGCUCUACUCGCCAUUUACAAUAUCGCAUCCGCCAUUUGUCAGCCGUUCUUAGGCUUACUCGCUGAUAAGCGAGGUAUUCUGUAUCCGCUGCUGCUCAGUACUUUGGUCCCAGCCAUUGCUGUUUUGUGUAUCUGGGGCUUUGCCACGAAAUACGGCCUACUCGCACUUGUAUGCAUCCUAUUCGGCGGUCUUUCCGGGGGCUAUGUUGUUCUACGGAACCGCUUUGCAACGGCUAUCGUUGGAAACAGUGAUCGCCCGAAUGAAGAGCUGAUUGUAUCAGGCCUGAUCAUGUUCUUCAGGGGAGGCGCCACAAUCGCAUCUGGCUUUGUGGCUACAGCAGUCUCCUCUGCGGGUGAAGAUCGGGGUCUGCACAAAGGGAGUUAUGGGGCCGGUCAAUGGCUUCCAUUAAUUCUUACUGUUGGAAUUCUCACCGGGGUCUCUUGCAUUGGUGCACUGGGAUUCCUGCGGGAAGUCAAGCAAGGCAGGAGCGUGGAGAACAGUAGUGAGCAAGCCCAUGGAAAUUCGUAAGAAGCUUACGGGCAUCUGCAUAAUCGUUGGGAAUUAAUGUACUUGCACGGAAUCUCCGAAAGGAUAGUUUGCGCCUCGGCUGCAACAUGCAAGAAAUUUCUAUUAUUUCAUUUUUCCUCCUUGGAUGGGAACGAUAUGUUAGGGCUCAGCUUAUACAGGAUACCAACCUCCAAUGACAAUUCAGCAACGCUGCGAGCUAUAUACAUAAGGGGAAGGGUUAUUUCAGUCGUUUGACUGGGUCGGUCCACAUGUUUAUUAUUAUUUUAUUCUUCUUAAAACGGC